UGUGCAUUUUUUUUUUUUUUAAUUUGGUCUGAUAAAUUUCUUACUAAAUAAUGAAUAAAUUUUAUAGAAUAUCACUGUAUAUAUUUACUUUAGGAGAAUAGUUUUGUUUGAACAUUUCGGGCUUCACUAUCGAAUACCUAACUAUCGUGCAGUUUCACGCAAGCCAUUAACAACGCGUUUGAGAAUUUCGCUCGCGUAAUCAUUCAACUAAUAUUUUCAUUGUAACGUCAGCUGCCUUCUUUCUCUCUCCAUUGCAUCUCAAGCUUGAGAGAAUUAGAGAGAGUCGAGAAUGUGCCCUCUGAGACUGAUUCUGAUCUUCCUAUCGGCUACGCUCGCAGGAUUCCUCGUUCUAAAGAACCUCAAAUUUCAACCCCAAACUCCCAAAGAGCAAUCCCCCAACCCUCCCUCUGAAUCGCUCUCAACUUCUUCUAGGGUCAGGGGAGCAAUCGUGAUGGCCUUUUGGGUCUGCUUGGACAUGGCGAGCGGCCGCUAUCUCUGGAGGAAUUUGGUUUCAUCUCCUUCUUUGUCAUCAUCACCAUCACAAUCAUCUAUUAAGCGAUGCAGUUGAUAAUUCGAUAUUUCCUUCUCGACACGUGUUGUACGCUUUUAGGUUUGAUUUCACUUCCCCCCCCUCCCGCCCUUUAUUAUGCGAUUCUCGAGUUCGUCUCUAUGCUAAACGUGAAGAGAAACGAAAAUUGUUGUAGAGUUUUGUGUUGCCAGGAAUGCCUUUCCUACAAUCUUGCCCCAUUGUGUUGCCUGAUUUAGAACUGGGUGUUGAUUGUUCAUCGGUUUGGUUGACAUAAGGUGUAUUUACAAUCUACACAUGUUCGUAUUGCAAUAAAUAACUUCAUUUCAAGAUCAUAA